UUGCAAGCGAGAACGGCGAUUCCAAUAAUUAUGGGUGUCAACAUUGGCACAUCGAUGACCAAUACAUUAGUCAGCGUGGCACAGAGCGACGAUCGAUCGGCAUUUCGAAGAGCUUUUGCUGGUGCGACGGUUCACGACAUGUUCAACAUACUGACCGUGCUCGUUCUGCUCCCUCUGGAAGUUGUGUCCGGUUAUUUGUUUCAUUUGACGAGUCUGAUUGUAAGCAGCAUGAAUCUCAGCGGUAAACAUGGCACGCCGCCUAAAAUGCUGCAAGUCAUAACCGAGCCUUUAACUGAUCUCGUCAUUCAGUUGGACAAGACUCUGAUUGAGAAUAUCGCCGUAUCAGCCGUUAAUGAAGACAUAGCUAACCUGUCUUUGGUGAAAAGGAAAUGCGGCCUCUCGUCAGUGAACAAUUUUACGGUUGCGACUUCCGUCAACAACGAAACCGCUGAUAUAUUCAACUUCACUGUAGUAGAUCGAAGCUUUAAAUGCCAUCAUCUGUUCGCUAAUAUCGACUGGGCGGACUUGACGAUUGGCUCAGUAUUGCUGAUUUUGUCGUUGAUAGUGCUCAUCAGCUGUCUCAUGUGCAUUGUCAAGCUGCUCAACAGCAUGUUGCAGGGCCACGUUGCUUCCCUGGUGCAUAAAACCGUCAAUUAUGACCUGCCUGGCUGUUUUUCGUUCUUAACCGGGUAUCUCGCUAUUUUGGUUGGCGCUGUACUGACAAUACUUGUCCAGUCUUCAAGUGUGUUCACUUCAGCUCUUACUCCCUUGGUCGGUCUUGGAGUGCUUUCGGUUGAAAGAAUGUACCCACUGACUUUGGGUGCAAAUGUCGGUACGACUUUCACAAGUAUUUUGGCAGCUUUAGCCAGCCCCCCACAUACGCUCGCUAAUGGCCUGCAAGUUUCGAUGUGCCACCUUUUUUUCAAUAUUACUGGAAUCCUGCUAUUUUACCCGGUUCCCUUCAUGAGGAAUUUGCCGAUUAGUUUGGCGAAGCUUCUUGGUAAUAAAACUGCAAAAUAUCGUUGGAUUGCAGUACUCUACAUAUUGGUAAUGUUUUUUCUGUUUCCAGCAGUCAUUUUCGGAUUGUCUAUGGCAGGAACUCAUGUGUUAGUCGCAGUUGGCACACCGUGCGCUCUUCUUUUGUUGCUGGUUAUUGUCAUAAACAUUUUUCAGCACAAAAUGCCACGCUAUCUACCGAUCUGUUUGCGAGACUGGAACCGUCUGCCAAAAUGGAUGCACUCUUUGGAGCCGCUUGACCAUAUAAUUUCAUCUGUCAUUACACGUACCCAGAAAUUAUUUCUUUUUCCCAACUGUGGAUGGAGUUGCUGCCGUUCUCCUGACACUGCUCCUAAAAGCAUCGCAGUCUCUGAGUCUCGUACAAAACUGCUGUAUUCUAGUCGAAACGUUAGUCGUGUGCCAAGCAUAAGCAACUCGCCAUCAAGAUCUGCCUCCAGAUUGGUCAUCCAGGAUGCCACUGCUGUUGCUGCUACAGAUGGUGGCUUAAAUUUCAGUGCCAAGCCUGGCCCUGAACAAACGAUGUUUUGA